AUGUUGGAAAAAAUUGCGUCUAGACUUGAAUGUGAAGAUCAUACGUUCAAUACAUUGAAUGUCGACUUGGGAUAUGUUCAUCUGGUACAGAAGGUGGCAAUUAUAGCACCAUUUUCCAUCUAUCAAAUACAGACUGAGAUAACCAAAGAUCAAACAACACGAAAUCAGCUAAAAUCAUUGAAUAAUUCACCGCUGGUUGUUUACUCAUCGUUGGAUUUUGCAUCUGCAGAACACGUAACAUUGAAUACCAUAGCCCGUAAAAUAUUUUUUGUUCCCGUAUACAAGAAGGAUUUACCGCAUUCACCGGUGGUGUUGAUAACUGUCUGCAGAUACGACAGUCCUAUCAACUACUUCAAUGAUAAUCCAUAUACGGUCUAUACACGUGAAGUUGGCUUAGUAUCCUCAUUUGACAAUCAAUUGGAUAUUGUUUUCCGAACAUAUGAAAAUGGAAUCUUUAUAUUUUCUAUGCACGAUGAAGGUGAUCUGCUGGUUGUUCAAAUUGUUGAUGGCACCAUUUAUGUUAUCUAUGAUUUUGGCACUUUGUCACAUUCUGUUCUUUCUGGAGGAGUUGCGCUGAAUGAUGGUGAAUGGCAUGAAAUUCGAUGGACCUAUAACUAUGAUAAAGUCGAGCUGAUCAUUGAUGGAGCACUGAUGAAUUCGACAACUCCAUUAGGAUAUGCAAAACGGCUGGAUCUUGAUGACCAAGUCAGUGUUUAGUC